UGCCAGUCACCCAGUUAGGCCGGGUCGGGGCAGGUCUGCAGGUGGGCGGGGAGCGGCCGCACCUCUCCCUCCUGCCCCCUGGUCUGCGCGCUCGGCCUCGCUGAGACCUGGGCUCCUGCUGCCCCAGGCGGGACAGCCGGGGUUCCCGGGCGGCCCCUGGGGCCCAGGGCAUGUGCCGAGGGUCCCCAGGGCCCGCGCCAUGUCCCGCUCGCUGACCUGGCGCUGGUGCCCCUGGUGCCUGACGGAGGACGAGAAGGCGGCCGCCAGGAUCGACCAGGAGAUCAACCGGAUCCUCCUGGAGCAGAAGAGGAAGCAGCACUUCCUGUCCCGCUGUGCGGCCGCCAGGUGGGGACAGCUCAUCAGGGGCUUCCCUGGUGCUGACCACCGCCUCGCGAGCAGCCCAGAACCCUGCGAGGCUCCCGAGGCUCUGGACAGCCGGGGAUGUGACCAGUCCAACUCUAUAAAUGAACAGAUCGCGGGCCAACUGGACCGGCUCCCGGGCGGGUGGUCGGUCAGCCCUCACCGGGGCUGGGCAGGCAGGUCGCCUGGGGCCCACGUUUCACACCCGGGGACACCGAGGCACAGGGCGGUCAGGUCAGAGCCAGGCGCCGGCCGCUCUUGGAUUCGGCCGCUGGGGCCUGGUGGGGUGGGUCUCGGUCCCCGGAAGCCAGCAAUGGCGUCCCCCGCAGGCCCGGGCGAGAGCGGCAAGAGCACCUUCAUCAAGCAGAUGCGGAUCAUCCACGGCGCUGGCUACUCGGAGGAGGACCGCAAGGGCUUCCGGCCCCUGGUCUACCAGAACAUCUUCGUCUCCAUGCGCGCGCUCAUAGAGGCCAUGGAGCGCUUCCAGAUCCCCUACCGCCAGCCCGAGAGCAAGCACCAUGCCAGCCUGGUCAUGAGCCAGGACCCCUAUAAGGUGACCACGUUUGAGAAGCGCUUCGCUGUGGCCGUGCAGUGGCUCUGGAGGGAUGCCGGCAUCCGGGCCUGCUAUGAGCGCAGGCGGGAGUUCCACCUGCUGGACUCAGCAGUAUACUUCCUGUCGCACCUGGAGCGCAUCACGGCGGAGGGCUACAUCCCCACGGCGCAGGACGUGCUCCGCAGCCGCAUGCCCACCACCGGCAUCAACGAGUACUGCUUCUCCGUGCAGAAGACCAACCUGCGGAUCGUGGACGUCGGGGGCCAGAAGUCCGAGCGCAAGAAGUGGAUCCACUGCUUCGAGAACGUGAUAGUGCUCAUCUACCUGGCCUCGCUCAGCGAGUACGACCAGUGCCUGGAGGAGGACGGCCAGGAGAACCGCAUGAAGGAGAGCCUGGCCCUGUUUGGCACCAUCCUGGAACUGCCCUGGUUCAGGGGCACCUCCGUCAUCCUCUUCCUCAACAAGACCGACAUCCUGGAGGAGAAGGUCUCCACCUCCCACCUGGCCACCUACUUCCCCAGCUUCCAGGGCCCCAAGCAGGACGCGGAGGCAGCCAAGAGGUUCAUCCUGGACAUGUACACGGGGAUGUACUCCGGCUGCGUGGACGGCCCCGAGGGCGGCAGGAAGGGCCCGCGCUCUCGCCGCCUCUUCAGCCACUACACCUGCGCCACGGACACGCAGAACAUCCGCAAGGUCUUCAAGGACGUGCGGGACUCGGUGCUCGCCCGCUACCUGGACGAGAUCAACCUCCUGUGACCCAGGCCUCCCCUGGGCCGCACCUGCGGGCGGGCGGCGGGGCGGCCGCGUGCCGGUGAACUGGGGCCCGGCAGGUGCAGCCCCUUCUCGUCUCUCUUUCUCACCCAGAAAGCCCCCCACGCUCACCGUCCUUGACUCAGGGAAUGGGUGGGGGUCGCUGGGGAGUCCCACCUCCGGGCACAUCACCUCGUGGACUGGGGUCCCGGAUCCUCAGGGACCUGCCCCGAUGGGAGGAGUGGCCGCCAGCAGUGGACUUGGGCGUGGGGUCCUGGACCCUGGGGGAUCAGCCCCGAUGGGACGAGUCGCCGUCAGGAGUGGACUUGGGCGUGGGGUUCUGGGUCCAGGGGGAUCAGCCCCAUGGAGGAGAGGGCUUGGUCCUGGACCCUGGGGGUCAGCCCCUGAAUGGGAGACUUUGGCGCCCCCUCGUGGGCAGACGGAGGAAGUCCCCCUCGGGGGACCUGGCCCAGCCACGGAGGAGCCAGCAGGCUCCCAGGGGGCUGCCCCGGUCUGCGGAGGGCGGAAGCGGGGGCCCACAGACCUCCCGGCCCCUCCCAGACCACGCUGCACCCCCACAGCGUUCUGGGUAAUUUAUUCUUUCUCCUCCCGCGGGGGACAUCGAUGAAACGACAUCCUGGGGCCCUGUGAUUUCUCAGGGGCCAUGUUGCCUGGGUCUUGCUGAUCCCCGCUGCGGUGAGAAUGGCCACACGCGGCAGGAGGGAGAAGGGUCUUCCCCAAGCACUUGUCCCGGCGCCGAGCUGUGCAGGACCCCGCGAGCCAGCAGGGGGCGCCGGCCUCCUCCCGGGCUGGUCCAGGCUCGCCCCGAAUUGGACGAGGAUGCAGAUGGAGCUGGAGCCUCCCCCCAGCCGCAGGGCAGCUCCCCGUGGGAGGGGACUUCAGCAGAAAAAUGGAAUUAAAGGUCUUGUUUAUUUUGGUGCAAAA